CUGGAAAAUAAAAACCACAAAACAAAUUUUGUACGUGUAACUAAAACCUCAAAAGUGGAGUAAUAAAGUAAUAAAGUAACAUUCCCAUCACACCAUAGUUGUGGCCUGUGAACUCCAUUCAACAAAACACUGUUGAAAGCAAGAGGAACUCAAUAUUAGGGUUAGGGUUUCAAUUGGGAAAUAUCUGAAAUGAAAUCGAAGUUAGUGUUAGCGAGUCCAAUUGCAGAUGAUUCGGCUUCGUGUAGUAACCGUAGAUUUGGUGAUGUUCGACCUUCAAGUUCUGAAUCAGAUUUUGGAUUCGCUUUCAAUGACAGCAAUUUCUCCGAUCGAACUUUAACGAUUGAGAUCAUUCUUGAUUUGUCCGAUAACAAAUCUCAUGGCGAUAACUGUACUACAAUUGCUGAUUGGGCUAUUAAUAGGAAACGUCGAAGAGAAGAUGUUAAAAAGGAACCUGGCACGGGUUGUAUUGCGCAGACGGUUGACCAGUUUCUGAACUACGACAUUCCUUACUCUGAUGAUGUUGCAUAUGAAAGUUUAGACGGUGAAGCCGUUGCUAUGAUUGAAGAGUCACCGUGUAUUGAUGGUGAGGAUAUUCUUCAGAACAACAAUUCCCUAAUUGGUCUGGAUAUUCCGGGCCUUCUUGAAGUGAAGACUAUUCACAUUAGCUCUCCGAUACUAGCUGCUAAGAGCCCCUUUUUUUACAAGUUGUUUUCAAAUGGGAUGCGGGAAUCCGAACAGCGAGAUGUGACUUUACGAAUCCAGGCCUCUGAGGAAGCUGCAGUCAUGGAUCUCCUAAACUUUAUGUACAGCAAUACAUUGCAAACAAACACACCUACAGGUUUAUUAGAUGUGCUGAUGGCUGCUGAUAAAUUUGAAGUUGCUUCAUGCAUGAGAUAUUGUUGCCAAAUGUUGCAAAAUUUUCCUAUGACUUCGGAUUCAGCUUUAUUAUACUUGGACCUGCCCUCAAGUGUGCUGUUGGGAGAUGCUGUCAAACCAUUGGCUGAUGCAGCCAAGGAAUUUCUCGCCUUACAGUUUAAGGACAUGACUAAAUUUCAGGAAGAGGUGAUGCGUCUGCCUCUAGCUGGAAUUGAGGCUGUGUUGUCUAGUGAUGAUCUCCAAGUUGCCUCAGAAGAUGCAGUUUAUGAUUUUGUCGUGAAAUGGACUAGGACCCAUUACUCAAAGGUGGAGGAGCGACGAAAAAUACUCAGCACUCGACUUUUCAAAUUGAUCCGUUUUCCUCACAUGACUUGCAGGAAGCUGAGGAAAGUAAUGACUUGCAACGAUCUAGAUCCAGAGGUUUCUUCCAAGCUUGUUUUAGAAGCACUUUUCUUCAAGGCUGAGCCACCUCAUCGCCAGCGAGCUCUGCUUGCAGAUGAUGUUAAGAUACUUGGUCACAAAUAUAUUGAGCGGGCUUACAAAUACCGCCCUGUGAAAGUGAUAGAGUUUGAACUACCAAAGCCACAGUGUAUUGUGUAUUUGGUUCUGAAAAAAGAGGAAUGUCAGAAAUUAUUUCCAUCAGGUCGAGUUUAUUCCCAGGCCUUUCACCUUGGUGGACAGGGAUUUUUCCUCUCCGCCCACUGUAAUAUGGAUCAGCAGAGCUCCUUUCAUUGUUUUGGGCUGUUCUUGGGCAUGCAAGAGAAGGGUUCUGUAUCCUUUUCUGUGGAUUAUGAAUUUUCUGCUAGGCAAAAGCCAACUGACGAUUUUGUCACCAAAUAUCGAGGGAACUACCUCUUCACUGGAGGGAAGGCAGUUGGGUACCGAAACUUGUUUGGUAUACACUGGGAUUCAUUCACUGCCGACGAUAGCCAGUUCUUUAUUAAUGGCUUGUUGCAUCUAAAGGCCGAGUUGUCAAUUAAGCCAUAGACUUUGGAUGCAAGUUUCUUUUUCAUUUUGGUGGUUCUCAGCUUUGCUUGGGUACUUUCUCAAUAAGCAAAACAGAUGUGUGGUCUCUGGAAAGGAAAUUGCCCGGGGAUACCUUUUUAUGGGAUUACAGAGCAGGCUGAGUAAAGCAGAGGUCUAGGUGAUAGUCAAACCCAUGACUUGGGAAAAACAGUUUUUGUUCUAAUUGAGACAAGACUUGAUUCUCACCUGGGAUACCCUUGGUAAGUGAUUAAAGAAAAUCUCAUCUCAUGUGUAUAUAAAAUUGCUCAGUUUGUUGCCUAGUGUACUGUGAAUCAAAAUUUCGGUUAUAUUGGAGUUGGAGUUUAUUGCUAACUAUUAUCUAACUCGAACUCGGUAGUAAUUUUGAUAGUGUAAAUUGUAAUAGCUUUCCUUUACCAUUUUAAUGGAGUAUAGUUGCCAAUGUUAUUGCAUGGUUCUUUAGUCUUUUCUGUUGUAUACAUUUCUUGUUCUGUUUUUUGCGUGGUUGUUUGAAGCUGCGGGAAUGGAGGUAAAAUGUAAUUUGAUUGAGCUAAUGUUUGAUCCUAAUCCUUUGUUAAGGGAUCACUUGAUCUAUGAAGACUGAUCUUUCAU